AUGAGUGACUUUAAAUGCAAACAUGCUGGAUGCACUGAGAAGCCUGUUUUCUAUGUCUCAGACAAAAGAUUGUACAUGUGUUCACACCACAAAGAUAUCAAAUAUUUUGGACAUAAAGUAGAGGACCUAAUCAGCCCUGAUACAGUUAUUUCCCAGAUAUUUAGCGUUGAAUCCUCCAGAACAGACUUUAUCAAUCUCUCUGAAAAGUUUAACAAUGGAGUUAUUCCUGAAGAGAAUCAAAACCUGGAUAAGAUUGUGAGUGAAGAACUUGUCCAUAUUUAUCAAAAGCUCAAUAGAGCAAUAAAAGCCAAGGAAUACUUCAGAUACGCCUCUUUGCUUAAAGAAGCUGCCAAGACAGGAAAGGUGCUGACAGAAAACAAAAUUUAUUUUGAUAUUAUCAACAAGUGUGUGGAAGAGUUUUGCAAGGCAGAGUCUGAUGAUCUUAUAAACAUCCACUUAAUUCAGAUGAAGUCCAAGAAUAGACAAAGUCAAUAUUUCGAGGUAUUCAAGAAGUUAGGAGAAAAUAGAAACUCAGAUUUAACAAAAUUUCAGGAGAAAAUUGAUAACCUUAAAGACUCUAUUGAAGAGGAGCAAAAAUAAAUAUGAAACUAUCCAAAAAGACUACGAAAAGCUAGAAGACAAGGAGCAGGAAUUACAAAAAGACAAUAAGCUUCUCAAACAGUUGCUAGGAAAGAAAGACCCAGAGACUACUACACUUCAAGGACCCAUAAGCAAGAACACAGAGGAAUCCAAGCAAGUCAAGAAUGAGUCUAAGGAGGAAUCAAAAGCUGAAGAAGUCCCAAAAUCUACUCCACAAUUAGAAAACUCAGAGGGUAGUGCUUCCCAGCCAACCCAAAGCUCUUCUGUUGUUAUUCAUGAAAAUAAAUAUUUCGAAACUCUCUUUAAAAGUUUUUAUAAAUUUGACCCUACUAAAGAAAAGAAGAUGGAUUUAGAAGCUAAAUUAGUUUUAACACCUGCCAAAAAGGAGCAAAUGGAUUUUAUAUGUUCCUUGAAUCGAAGAUUACCUGUUAUGGACUCUAUUCGCUUGUCCGAACUUCCUCCAGAAAGAAGAGAUGAUUUGUGCAAUUUCUUGGAAACCAGAUUCCCUAAGCAUGUCAGAAGAUUCGAUUUCAAUUAUAGUUCUCUCUAUUGUGACAUUCUUGAAGAUUACAUUGACGCACUUCUAAGAGCAAGCUUGAGAGUGACUUCAAUUUUCUACCUCCAUAAUCUCAGAGUGAGUUCAUUCCGUAUUUCACAUCUAAUUUCUGCUUGCAAAGAGAAGAAAGGAGUUGGGUUCAUUGACUGUAAAUUAGAUCUUUCAGAGCCAAUCAACUUCUAUGGGUCUCUCAAAGGAAGUAAAGUUAAGAUAUUUGUACUAGACGGUUGUGGCCAUUCUUCAAAAGGCGACUGGGCCAACAACCCAGAUCAUUUCGAAAACUUAAUCUCUGGUCUUGCAAGUGAACAAGACUUCAAGAGUAACUUAGGAGACUUAUGGGUGGCAGGAAACAACAUGAAGAAGGCUGAGGUUGAAGAAUUGCUUGAUAGAUAUGGCUUUAACGGAGUUAGAGUACUCGGAAGUAAAGAAUAGCCCAGAAAUGGAAGCUUCAAAAAGAUUUUAUGACAUCUGCAC